CCGAAACCAAGAUCUGGCUCGCCAUUGAUUUACGACUUGUAUGCUUGAGUGGAACUCUCUGCGGGUUUAUUGUUUUAGAUGACGAGCCAAACAAAAGCGUGCUAAUGGCGUCUACAAAUACCUUAUGUGCAAUAGAGAUAUCUGUCGGUUUAUAUUCACCUGCUGGGAAGGGAAUCUUAUGAAUAGAGUACUGUUGGUGCGACCACCACUAUUCAUUUAACGAAGUAUUUAUAGGUACUGUAAGGAAAUGAUACUAGUGCGCAUGUGUUAAAAGGACGCCAGAGUCACGAUCGAAAAGAAUGUUAAGUAUUGAAGCAUUGAAGUUCUAAUUGAACUCUUUGUCAGACCUCACACUAUAGCCAUCAUUGCUCAAGCGAGUCCCAGAAUUUGACAAAUGACUGUCAUGAUGAACCAUUCGGGACGCAGCGAUAUGAAGCGGAUGGCUUUGUUAUCUGCGUUGUAAUUAUUGUUGUCGGGUUAACAGAUUCAAAAUUAUGCAGAAACCCUUGCAAUCCAUCUGUUCAUAAAGUGAUCUCAGUUGUCACUUUUGCUGCGCAUUUCAUGUCGCUCUAGAUCUAUUGUCGACGAGCUCAAAUAUGAUCCUUGAAGUUUCUUGGUUUUCAUGGAAACAGUGUUCCACUAACGUUCAUAGCUAAGCAAGAUCGAAGAGAUACUGCAGAGUUGGAUAAACAUGAAUACAACUUUUCAAACGGGUUCUCUGGCAAAUGUUUCAACCGUAACAGUUUCAGAACUAGCCAGUCCGACUUCCGCGUGGUUUUCUAAUCAUGGCAAGUUUAUCACAACCGGAGAAUUUGUCGUAAGUGUACUGUUCUACAGCUGCGUGUUCCUUGCAAUCCUUGUGGGAAACGUGGUGGUAAUUUCCGCUUACGAGAAGAACUGGAGACUUCAAACUACUACAAACACUUUCAUACUUGGUUUAGCCGUGUCGGAUCUAUUAGCGGGGUUCGUCUCAAUCCCCUUUUGGGUGUAUGUAUACAGCUGCCAUCACUUCAAAAUUACACUGCAUCCGGUUGCAUAUGAAAUGUACAUCACAUUCGACGUGUUCAUUGGAUGUGCAUCGAUCUUUCAACUUACUGCCAUCAGUAUAGAGAGAUGCAUCGCCAUUGUCUGGCCGAUCAGACACCGAGCCCUUCGCGAAGGGAUCUUUCAUGCGAUGAUUCUUACCGCAUGGGGUUGUUCUGCAAUCGUGGCAGGAUUGUACCCGGUUCAAUUGAAACAUUGGGAAAAAGGCUACACGGCAUUUAUCUUCUCUACUUGCUUCAUCGGACCAUUUAUCGUCAUGUCUGGGGUUUAUUUCUUAAUCUACGAGACAGCAAGGCACUCGAGGUCCAGGAUUCACGCCGGAGGAGCAGCCCCCUCCAUUCACAGAGAAAUUCGUGUUGCGGGAACAGUGGCGCUAGUCACUGGAGUAUUCAUGAUCGCGUGGUUCCCCUUCUUUGUUGUCACCGUGGUAGCUACGUACGAUUUGGAGCGCUUACCUGAACCGCCAGGACUCUUCCGGCUGAUAGCCUCCGUGAAGGCCUUGCAUUACACAAACUCUGCUCUAAAUCCAAUCCUGUAUGGCUACCGGAAUCCGGAGAUGCGGAAUACUAUGCGUAGUGUAGCGCGCCAAUGCUACCCGCUCGGAUCUCGCGAGCAGAGGUAUCCAUCCAGGUUGCAGACAAUGCUGGAUCCUCGGCGAACACGAGAGUUCUUACCCGGUACCUCGCUGGCAGUGCGGUGGCCAGAUGAAAGACGAAGCACUCCGUUCUUUGGCAACAAAACAACUACAACGGUGGUUUCGUUCAGUAAUCGAGACGAAUAUGCGGAGUCGAGACCAACGAGCUUGCAUCAGUAAAUUCUAAAUACAUUACUUUUUGAUGCAGUGCUCUCUCAUUUCGAGAUAUUUUUAGAUGACUUUGCAUUCAUUGGUGCCAAUUUGUCGAGGGUAUUGAAGGACCCAGUGAUAAUUUUAUGCAAUGUCAGUACAAAGCGUGAAAACGUCAAUAACACAUGGUUAAUCGACGAGUUAAUUUUGUUUAAUUCAAAUCGCUAAAUUGCUAUGGGUAAUUAAUAACAAAACAACAUAUUAUGUUUGCAAGCAAUCUGGCAACACUUUUCUUAAUGCGAUUUGCAGUUUGAUCAAGUUAAAAUUACCAUUCUACACCGGUUUGUCGUUUUUGAAAACUAAGGAAGUCAUCAGGUAAAUAAUUGGCAAAAGGGCCAGAAAAGUUAUCAAAGUCUGCAAUUCAGUUCUUAUAUCCCAGAUUCAAGGUCAGAUAAGAAAAAUUUAGUUUGUAAGAGGACGGAACAAAAGAGAAAAUUUAGAAGUUGUUGGAUUAUCAGCCGGUUGUUAGAUUAUCAUAAAAUUUUAAAAUGUGAAUCGUAUGCAUCGGCUUAGGUCAAGAGAUUUGAUCAAAGGCCCCUCUGAUCUCUUGGUUUAGGAAGAAGCAUUCGGUACAAUUAAGUCUUCAAAGGAGCAGGUUCUCAUGAUCAGCAUCCUUAUGCGCUUUUACGUAAAUAGAAGACAUGAAAGAUGUUAUCCUCAAAACGAUUUUAAGAAAUAAGAUUUGAGAAAGUAAAUCAAGACGUACAUGAUGAGAAAAACGCGUACCCGCCGAAUGAGAAUAUAUGAAAAUCGUAUAUAUGCACUGCGGUUUUAAGAAUGUACACGAAAGCGAUCCCCGCUAUAUAUUUUUGUCUUCAUAAAAGUUCAUGUGUACCCUAGCCUGAGCACGAAAUGUGCUUCCAGUGUUAGUUCACUGAUUAGAGAGUAGAUAGGUCCAGGGGUUAGGGAAGGGGGGGUGGGGUGUGGAAGAAAUUAGACCACACGAAACCAAUAACAAUAACAUUUGACGAAAACGAAAUACAACUAAAGCAACUUUCACAAGGGAAGAUCAGUAAUGAAUUAAUAAACUAUUCAAAAGUAA